AUGUUCAACGUUAAGGUAGCCAUUCUCGCUUUCUUCUUGUUGGCAACCAGCGUCUUGGCCGACAAAAUCAAUGUCAGCUACAUCCAGAGGUACAACGGCGGGCAGAUGGGGGAGCAACGCACUUCCACCUCCAAGGAGUACGAGGUUGAUGACGAUGACAAAGAUGACAUUAAGGAGAGAAUCGUCAGCAAGAUGGGCUCAUGGUCUGGCGGCAGGUACCAGGCCAGUGAAUCCAGAUUCCGAGGAAUCAUUCAGAUCACCAGCAACACAGUGUCCGACUCCAAGGGCAGGGCUGGUGAGGUCAUCGAAGACAUGACCAAGAUCUUGACCUCCAACUACAAGAAGGACUAA